GUAAAAAGUGCUGCAAGUUCUCACUGAACAGCAAUGUGAAGACCUAGUGCCUUUCUUUUUUUAAGGGAGGAAGCAAUGGUUGGAUUUGAUCACAUUUCAUUAUUUUCAGCAAAGCAUAAAAGUCAUAAUAGCAUAUAUGGCUAAAAUCCUAAAAAAAAAAAAUCGCACUAUUCAUUUCAAACUAACUAUUUUGGAGUAUUGUUUUGAAAUAAAUACUUUGGGUUUUAAAUGUUCUGUUGGGUUUGGGGGGAUUUUUGAGGUAAACCAAAUUUAUAAUGCUCUACUGUAACAGCCUAUCAGAUUUUGUUUCGAUUCAACCUCAUGAUGAGGUUUGCAUUUUUUAAUUCAUACAAGUUUUCUCUGGAAAAUAUGUGUUGGGUUUUUGUGUGUGUGUGUGUUUUUGUUGUUGUUUUUGGGUUUGGUUUGUGGUUUUUUGUUGGUUUUUUUUUUUAGUUUACCAAAUAUUAUUACUUCUUAAAGACUGCCUAUAACCUUCUGUCUUAGCAAAUAAAGUUUGAUUGACUACUGGAGUGAGAAACAGGCUAGAUGUUCUGUUUCUACUGCUGGUGGAAAACUCAGAUGUAGAUGGACACGUUUGCCAUGGGUGUGACUGUGCCAGUGCACCUGGUCCUGCUGAGCCUGGUGAUUGGGAGCAGCCAGGGGUGCUACUGUGAACAUUACCCGUGGGGGUCGUGGUCAGCCUGCUCACAGACCUGCAAUUUUGGCACACAGACCAGGCACAGGCAAAUAAGAAUGGAUGAAUAUUACAGCCAAAACUUCUGUGACCAGCUGUGCACAAAGCAAGAAUCUCGUCCAUGUAACCAGCAAACAUGUCCUAUCAACUGUCAGCUUGGAGACUUUGGCCCUUGGUCAGAAUGUGACCCGUGUGUUAAAAAACAAUUCCGCACCCGGACACUCCUGCGGCCAUCCCAGUUUGGGGGCCAGGCCUGUACCGAGCCCCUGGUGGAUUCCCGACCAUGUUUCCCAGCUAAGCUCUGCAACAUAGUGGAAGUUGACUGCAAGAAUAAAUUUCAGUGUGAAAAUGGUCGCUGUAUUUCAAAAACAUUGGGAUGUAAUGGGGAAAAUGACUGUGGGGACAACUCUGAUGAAAGAAACUGUGGAAGAAAAAAGACUGUAUGUAACAGAAAGUAUGAGAGCAUCCCAGGUGUGCAAUUAAUAGGCAGUGGAUUUCACAUUCUGGCAGGAGAGAGCCGAGGGGAAGUUCUUGGCAACUCAUUCAAUGGAGGACAAUGCAGAACAGUGAGGCGCAAUGAGACAAGGAGAUUGUAUCGAGUCCCUGCGAAUCUGGAGGCUGUCAGCUUUCAGGUAACAGAUGAAGAGGAUGAUGUAACGUCAGAUUUCUACAAAGAUUUAAUUCCCCUGAGUGACAGUGCUUCUUACAGUAGUUCAUCCACUCAUAGACACAAAAGUUCUUCUGGUAUCCCACUUUUAUUCUCAAGAAAGACACGAGUCCAGGUUACAUCCUUUUCCUCCUUCCAGAAAGCUAUCAAAGCCUCAUAUGAAAAGAAUUCCAACUUUAUUAGAGUCCAUAAAGUCAUUUCUGUUGCAAACUUCACAAUGAAACAGUCAGAUCUGCAGCUAUCAGACGCCUUUCUAAAAGCACUUAACCACCUGCCCCUGGAGUACAACUAUGCUUUAUACAGCAGAAUAUUUGAUGACUUUGGCACUCAUUACUACACCUCUGGGAAGAUGGGUGGUUCCUAUGAUAUUCUUUACCAGUACAGCUCUGAGGAACUGCAGAACUCGGGCCUGUCAGUUGAGGAAUCAGCAGAGUGUGUCCGAACAGAAACAACCAGGCGUGUGUUCUUCCGGAAGAAAAAGAAAGUCAGUACCAGAUGCACCACCAACAGGAUGACUGUGACACAUGAAGGUUCUAUUUUGGAGUCAGCUGAACGAUCAAUUUCCCUGGUAAAAGGUGGCAGGUCAGAGUAUGCAGCAGCUCUGGCCUGGGAGAAAAAGGGGGCUUUUCCAGGACACAGAGUCUUCACAGACUGGCUGGAAUCAACAAAGGACAAUCCUGUGGUGAUUGACUUUGAGGUGUCGCCCAUCGCGGAGCUGGUGCGGGACGUGCCGUGCGCCGUGACCAAGCGGCGCCACCUGCGGCGGGCGCUGCGGGAGCUGGCGGGCCGCGCCGACCCGUGCCGCUGCGCGCCCUGCCCCGGCGGCGCGCCGGCGCUGCUCGCCGGGACACACUGCCUCUGCCUCUGCCCGGCCGGCUCCUACGGCCCCGACUGCCGCUCGCGGGCCCCGGGACACACGGCAGUUGCUGUGGAUGGCAGAUGGAGUUGCUGGUCUGAAUGGAGUCCCUGUGAUGCUUCAUUCAAAAAAAGAAGGACCCGGGCAUGCAAUAACCCCUCCCCAAUGAAUGGUGGAAAGCCGUGUGAAGGGCAGCAGGAAGAGGAGGAGGAUUGUUAUGUCUCUGUGUUCGCAGACAGAGGUGCUGCUUGUAUAAAUGAUGAUGAAGCCAAGAGAGAAGAAAAUGUCUUGAUUGGUGAACCUGAGUCUGGAUGUUCUAGGCCAGACCCACCGGAAUACGGCUUUAUCCGGAAUGAAAAGAACCAGUAUGCUGUGGGGGAGGAAGUUGAAAUUGCUUGUGUGAGUGGUCAUAGCCUCAUUGGCUACCAAUACCUUCGGUGUCUGCCAGAUCAGACCUGGACACAGCAACAUGUUGAGUGCCAACCCUCAGUAUGCCUCAGGCCACCAAUAUCUGACAGUGUCACAAUUUCCCCAUUUAAGCAACAGUACAACAUUGGUGAAACAAUGAAGCUGAGCUGCCAAGCUGGGUUUAUACUCACUGGUCACACAAAGUAUACCUGUGGGAAAGACCUGUCCUGGAUACCUCCUAUUUUGAGGCCUAUUACAUGUGAAAAAGACGUGCAAACUAAAAUUAGAGGUAUUUGCAAUCCAGGACAAAAGCAGGUUGGAUCUCAGUGUAUUUGUAUGUCUCCAGAAGAAGAUUGUGGCCACUACUCAGAAGACAUCUGUGUGCUGCAUGCUGUUUCUGAACAGAAUGUGACCAAGCCCAGCUGUCAGUACCUAGCGGAAAUGUGCCUUGGAGUGCAGUCAUUUCACUUCUUGCAUGCUGGCCCUUGCCAUGGUAAUUCCAACCUAGACUGGGCUAUUGAGAGGGCAAAGCUCUCUACAGAUAGCUUGAAGAAAGUGCCCUGUGGCUAUGACACCUGCUAUGACUGGGAGGAUUGUGAAGAGACACAGACCCAGUGCUCCUGCCUGAUGCCUUACCAGUGCCCCAAAGAAGAUACCCGCCCUCACUGCAUCCAAAUGGAGACGACCAGGAGGAGGAGGACAGUCAGUCAUUGCAUGCUGGCAGCCAUGAAGUGUGCUGGCAUCCAACUGCAGGUGCUGGAGCAGGGGAGCUGCCUGCCAUAACCCAUUUGCUCUCUGCAGACACCAUGAUCCUUGCAUCAAAUGCAGGCUGAGCCACCCACGGAAAAACUUGGUCAGUUAUGAAAGGAUAAGUGGAUAAAAACAUAAAGAUGAGGAAAAAAUACAGCUCACUUAACAGCUUUUUGGGAGAAGGAGAGCAGUGGCUUUUUUCCAUCUGAAAAUGACUUGGGCUUGGGGGGUAUAGGGACAGCUUGUCAUUGCUGGCACCUCUGGGGAUGUGCAGAGGAAGGGAGGGGAACAAAUGGAAAGGGAGAAAAAGAAAUAUUGCCUUUGAUCUCCUCUAGAGCUGGAUGAGACUUUUCCUUUUCUCAGCCAUUUGUUGCUUUGUCCUUGUGCUUGUGACUGCUGUGCACUCUUGUCUCGCUGGCUGAGUACCUGCUUGUAUCAUGCAGGCAGACAGAGCAGGCACUUCAGCACCACUUCUGACAUCAAAUGGGGAAGGGGUAGCUAGUCAUUGUACAAAUGGAAGGAGCAAUACCAAACCCUGAAAACCACAGUUAUGCAAUGAUUGAGUGAAGUCUUCAAAACAAUGUGAUUUCUAACUGGAGUAGCUGAAGAGAGGAGGUUUUACUUUCUGUUUUUGUUUGCUGGGUUUGAGCUUUAGGCAGAAAGCCUGAAGCCUAAAGCUUGGGGGAUUUUAACCGUACCUCUCAAGGUGAAUUAAGAAUGUUUGUACCUUAAAUAUAAAAUAAACAUUUAGUGAACAAUGCA